AUGCUGCGUGUCAAGUUUCCAAAGGCCGUGAUCAACCGACCAAAUGUAAAUUACAGACAAUACAAUCACCAGUCUUUAGAAAAUGCAUAUGAGGCGAUUAAAAAAGCAGCUAGGAUUUGUUCAGUGCCAUACUCCACCUUGCACGACAGUGGAAAAACGGACAUCGAUUGUGUCAAGUCAGGACCAGAACCAUUGUUGUCUCAAGAAGAGGAGCAAACUUUAGUGACACAUGUUGAGUUUAUGUCAUCUGUGGGCUUUGGGUAUACCCGCACUGAAGUCCUUAAUAUUGCCACAGACCUUGCUGUUCAUCUUGGCAAAAGAGAAAAGGGUGAACAACCAUUUUCCCUGCGAUGGUUUUAUGGGUUUAUGAAGCGAUGGCCCGAGCUUAGAGUUCAAAAACCACGAUCACUUGAAAUCAUGCGUGCCAAAGCAACAUCAAAAGAUACCAUCAACAAAUACUUUGAUAGCCUGGAAAAGAUUUUAGACAAGUAUGAUUUACGAAACAGUCCAGAGUCCAUCUACAACAUUGAUGAAAAAGGUAUCGUAGAAAAUCACAAACCCCCAUCUAUUGUUGCAUCACGUUCCAAUGUCCCAGUUGCUGUAACAACGAGCAGGUCCAACACUACUACGGUUAUUGGGUGUGGAAAUGCCCUUGGUGUUGCCAUACCACCGUAUUUUGUUUUCAAGGGAAAGCGCAUGCGGGAGGAAUUGUUAGCAGGUUGUACGGCAGGCACUGCAGGAACCGUUAGUGAAACGGGUUGGUCGAAUUCUGAUAUUUUUCAAAAGUAUCUUAAAGAACAUUUUUCAAAGUAUGUUCCAGCAGCAUCUUCUGACAAGCCUGUCUUAAUUCUUUAUGAUGGUCACACGUCACACAUAAAUGUUUCCCUGAUCCAGUGGGCACGAGAGAGGCACAUAAUAUUAUUUGUAUUACCUGCUCAUACAUCACAUGUUCUUCAGCCAAUGGAUGUGGGAUGUUUCGGCCCGUUCGAACGCAUUUAUAAUGGCAUGAGAUAUACCUACAUACGCGAACAUGCAACAUCGGGUAUUGACAGACAUUCCCUUUGUGAGACUGUCUGCAAAGUUUACUGUGCAGCACUCACACCCGCCAACCUGCAGUCAUCGUUCAGAAAGACCGGGAUUUAUCCAUUUGAUAGAGACGUCAUACAGCCUUCAACAUUCCUGCCUUCAGCUGUUUUAAGCAACAACAUGGAGUCAGAAAAUGAAUCACAAACCAGGGCAACUGUCAACUGUGAAGACAAUUCAUCAAAAUGCAAGACGUUUUUCACAACUGCAGAAGAAGUGAUCACAAGAAAACCAAAACCUACUAAGAAGAGGAAAGUACUCAGUGCUGUGGUCAGUGGUAAAGCCAUCACGGAAGAUUUGAAGUAG